GUGGAAGGCUUGGACGCGCAGUCGCGACUCGAACAGCCCAUCGCGCUCUUGCUUUUGGCCGCUGCUGUCUACGCGGGGAGUUCUGGAUUUAAAGGGGCCGCAACGUCCAAAAGGGCGUUGGGAUGUCCCGUCGGGCGAAGGAUGAGUACCACCGGCAUUACACCGUCACCGACACCCGAACCCACCCCAAAGGCUACACUGAGUACAAAGUGACCGCCAAGUUUGUCUCAAAAGUGAAUCCAGAAGAUGUCAAGGAGAUUGUGGUCUGGAAACGGUACAGCGACUUUAAGAAGCUGCAUGGAGACCUGGCUUACACCCACCGUAACCUCUUCCGGCGCUUGGAGGACUUUCCUCCUUUCCCCAAAGCCCAAGUCUUUGGCCGAUUUGAGCCCAAGGUGAUAGAGGAGCGGAGAAAGGCUGCUGAGGUCAUGCUGCGUUUCACAGUGCACAUCCCCGCUUUGAACAACAGUCCACAGCUCAAGGAAUUCUUCCGGGGUGGGGAGGGGAGGAGACCUUUGGAAAACUGUGACCUGCCUUCUCUGCCUCCCCCUCUGAUCCCCGUGCCGUCAGAAGGCGUGGAGCCCGGCGAGGAUGCUCUGGCUUCUGAUGUGGACCAUGGACUCCUGGAUCUGGACUCAGAGCCUGAUCACUGCAGAGCUACAGAAGCAGCAAGGAAAGACUGUGAUCUGGAGCCCCCAGUGAAGGAGGGAGGGGACCACUCCUCACCCCGAAACUGUGAAGAUGAAGCCCUGGAUGCUCUUUUUGCUUGCGCUGGGGAGGAGGAGGAGGAAGAGAAAGAAAUGAGCUCGCCUUCCCGCUCCCUCCUGUCAGUCCAGGAGCUGGCCUUGUUUGACCCCUUCGCUGAGGAAGCCUCAGGUGCAGCCAGCUCGUCCCCUGCUCGUGCUGCCUUGGAAGAUGUACCAGCACCUUCUUCCCCAAGCACAGGAAUUCUGCAGCCAGCCCAGGCGGGAGCAGCCACAUCAGAUCCUGGUGCAUACCUACCUUUGGCCACUGAGCGUAUCAAGCACGCCUUGGAGAGCGAAGUGGCUGAAGACUAUGAGGGGGCUUUCCAUGGCUACCGCAGCGGCGUUGACUUGCUGCUUCAGGGCCUGCAAGGGGACCCAGAUGCAGCCCGUAGGGAGGCUGUGAAGAAGAAGACAGCAGAAUACCUGCGGAGGGCUGAGGAGAUCUUUCAGCAGCAUCUGAAGCAUCUACAACUUUGAGAGGUGGCUUCCAAGGCACUCCUGGUGGGCACAUGCCAGAGUGGCGUCCAUUGCUGAGUUGCUGUCACCACCACUGCCUUGGGACGAGACCAACCUGUUCCUUCAGUAGCCACUGCCCUUCUCCUGGCACUGCCUGGCCAGAGCAGACUUGACCCCUCCACUUUCCCUUGCUGUACUCUCUGUGGGUGGAGGAUUUAAUCUAUGCUGUCCAAAGACAUGUUUGUAAACCUUUCCAAUGCCCCGUUUUAAUUUAUACCCAUUGCAUCUA